GAUAGGUGGGUUGGCCACCUACCUGUCAAUCAUCUGACAUCAGGUGAUUUAAAGCCCUGCUGCUGCUGCAAAGGAAGAGAAAGGAGGGCCCUCAAAGUGUGCUCCUAAUUUUGCCUUUGCAACCUUGGCUGGAAUUCAGCACUUUUUGAAUUUGGUGUCUUCUUCUGUCGCCGCCCAGGCUGCCAAUUUCAAAAGGUGCCCAAUUCAUGCCAAAGGUCCUAAUUCUUUCUUCCUAUUGUAUUUGAUGCCAUGGCUUUUACCUGUCUCACACCUGACCUCACCAGACAUCAGGAGAUAGGCAAGCCUCAUGGGCCAAAAGAGGACAUCUGGGGUGGGGCCUAGCCUGGGCCCAUAGUUUUGUUUCCCCUGGUGAAAACUAUCAGAGCAAUGUUCUGGUUCCAUAUAAGGCAGCUUAUUUUUGUCUCUGAUGAAGGUGGUGAUUUUUAGAGAACACACACACACUUUCGGUUUCAUAUGACUUACACGGAGCCUUGAUGGCAGGAAACAGGCAGUAAAGAAACAGAAGAGCAAAGCCGAAAUGAUACAAUGCAAGGCAUUUUUCAUUCUGGGGCUACUUGCGCUACCAGCUGGUUCCUCUGGUGAAAAAAAUACUGAGAAAAUGAAAGGAAUUGUUGGACAAUCUGCAACUUUCCUGCUGAACACUUCAGAACAAUUCAAAAAGAUUUCCUGGCUUAGAACUAAGGAAAAGCAAGCUAUUCAAAUUUUUGUGGUAGCGUUUCCACAAAAGGAUCCAGAAGAGAGAUGUGAACUCAUUGACCAAAUUCGAGCAUAUAGAGGGCGGCUGGAUGUUUCUGAGGACUGCAAGAUGUUACAAAUCAAUAAUCUAAGUCAAGAGGAUUCUGGCACAUACAAAGCACAGAUCUGGAUAGCUGAUGACAAAGAAACAAUAAGGGAGAUCUUUUCCCUGAGGGUGUAUAAGCGUUUAUUGGAGGCUGACCUGGAGAUUGUCUGUGACCCAAAAGAUUAUCAUGGUGGGAAUGGAACUCUGCAGCUGAACUGCUCUGCAGGCAGCUGGGAAGAUGAUGCCACGUUCAGCUGGGCCCCAGCCAGCAUGAGUGAAUCCACUGGCAGAUCUCUUGUCACCUGGCACAAUUUAGAAGGCAAUGAUUUGAACUUCACUUGCAAUGUAGAGAACCCUGUUAGCACAGCAUCCAAGACAGUGUCUUUCCUGAAAAUUUGCAGUGGAAAUGAGGCUUGCUACGAAAAUAUGUCUUUAACCCUGCUGGCUGCCAUUCUCGCAGUGGAAAAAGUUGCCAUCAGCGUCUGUGCUGGCGUUCUCAUGUGGUGGAAGAAGCAAAGAGGUGAUGCUACAGAUCCCAAAGGCGAAAUGAAAAGGUUUCUGCUUGUGCCAAAGGAUGUACACAAAGGAUGGCCAAAGGAUGUACACACCCCCCCAAAUUUAUAACUCAGUCAUGGCUUUCCUGGGGUGACCAGAAUUCAAUUUGCUUGGGCUCCUUUUAACUUUGUCAGCCAUGGGUGGAAUCUACACACAUAUGAAAAACGUUCUGAAAAUGCUUUUAAAACCCCCCCCAAACAUUAAAUUUUCCAUAAGGCUCACCAUCACCAUCUAGUGUCACAUUGUAUAUUGCACUUAAACACACACAUUUAUUUGCAGCUGUAUAGCUUGAGUCCAUGGUUUUGCAUGGGAGGACUGGAUCUGAAAUAUGGCUCAGUACACCAGGUGACACUGGAUGAGUCAUGAUCUCUCAGCUAACCUACCUAACAGGGUUCUUGUGAGGGGAAAAUAAAAUGCAAGAGUUGGUUCUCUGCUCACUCCAUUGCUCCCCCCCCUCGCAAGGAAGACAUGUUCUCAUUGGGCCUCUGAGGGGGAUACUGAAGGGUACAGAGUUGGGGAACCUUUUUUUCUAGAAGAAAAGCAAUGGCCUCUGAGGGAAUCUCUCCUCCUGACAGCUGAGCAUGACUCUCUCGUGCCUUGUUUCUUUCCAGACUACAACAUUUAGCCAAGUAAUCAAUUUGAUCAAUCAAUUAAAAAGCCCGUGGGCCAACUUCAAAAGCGUUCCAAAUUAAUUGGAUGUAAUGGUGCGUACUAAUCUCAGUUGUUUUUGAUGGGUUAUUGCUGUGGAUCAUGGCAUCAGCGAAGUUGCCAUAACUUGAUAUAAAAUGUACCCCUCGAUGGAACUAUAUUGAUGCUGGUACAAGUCUUUAUCUUAAAUGUGUCCAAGGAGGCAUUGAUAAAACUUCCUGACCUCCUAAUACUUAAUGUAAGGAUGAGCACCUUAAUCCUGUGUUACCAGCAAAGAUAAAUUAUCUCCUAUUGUAGGAAAGAAUGAGGUUCUGCCCAGAAAAUAAAAUCUUGCUCGAAAGGUAAACUCACGAUUCAGGAAACAUACAGACAACCAGUUAGUCAUUUCUCAGUAUGGCCGUGUCCUUUCAACUUCAAACUCAGGGAAGUAAGCAGAAUAGCAAAUGGCCAGGAACUUGUAGGAAAUAAACAAUAAUACAAAGGAAUGAAGGUGUUAUGACAUUCACUCAUCCAGAAAGACCCUUCCCUUCUCCAUAAAGUAGCACUGGCUCAAAAUAAUACUUAAGCCACUGGUUUUUAAUAUUGGGUGGCUCACAAGCUCCAACGGGACCCCCUUUUCACUCUACGCUCUCAAGGAUCAACCCCAUACUUUACUGGACACAGACCAAAGGCUGAGAGAUCUCUGAUGGUUUAGGGUCUUAAAAGAAGAGGAGGCACAGAUUUCUGAUGCUUGGCUUUGGUUCCAUUAGCCUUCAAGAUCACCCCUUUCUUUGCUUUAUUUUAGUGUGGGUCUGUGGCACAUCGCUGCACUCACUCUCUAGGCUUUGGGGAUAGUUAUAGAAUCAUAGAAUCAUAGAAUCAUAGAGUUGG